GCCUCGCGAAGCACACGACAAGCUCUGCAGCUUCGCCAAUCUCGAUACCUCCUGAUUGAUGAGUGAAUAAUCUACAAAAAAUAGCAUCAGUACCGAUCAUCAACAACCAACACUACCGCCAGCUCAUGCGAUAAACCACCACUUCUGCGCCAGGCGCAAUGUACACUUCCAAGGCGGCAUGCGUGCGAUGCGCAUCCCGCAUUCCUAUAGCCGUUGGCAGAACAAGUAUCGCGACAUAUUCGACAGCCAAGGACGCAGGAUCAACACCUGCCAAGCCGAAACGUCAUCGGUCGAUAAACAAGGGCGACUACGUCAGCAAGAGGUACGACACGUACGGCGGGAAGGGAAAGUCUAGCGAUCCCUUUGUCCAGAUCUUUCGUGACGUCGUGUCACUACGAAAGCACAUCAAACUCGAUAACACAACCUCCAAAAACCCGUCAAAAGCCGAACCGAAAGACGACAAAGGCAAACCUGACAACACACUACCACAAUGGAAGAAGGAAGCCAUGGGAAAGGUCCUCGAAGACCCGUCCAGCUUCCGCAUCGACGACGGUAGAUUUGCCUAUCGCUAUAAACAACCACACCCCGAGAUUAUGGAUGAGCAAGCGCGCAUGUUUGAGGCAAACAUGCACGAUUGGUCGCUAGAGGAUGCUCUUACGAGACUAAAGGCGUCCGAACUAAAGUUCCCAGACAAGGUCAACUUGCUAGAGAGGCUGUGGCCUCGAGUCCGCGACCUUCCCAGACAUCCGCGGCCGCAAAUAUUUAACGAGGUGGAAGCGCUCCUCAUGCAGCUGUUUCAUAUGCAAGGCGCGUACUUUCGACAGCACUGCACCAUCAGGUUAUCCAAGAUGAUGGAGCUCGUCGAAUAUGGCCACCCGAGGAUUAAGCUACGCGCAUCGGCGGUUCUCAAUCUUGGAAAGCUCUUGCUCCGCGGCAAGGCAAGUUCUCUGGAACAGUUUGAGCGUAUGAUUGAGCUGGUCGACCUCUGGAAACACAUAUCACAACUAGGCAAGCCGGAACAGGACGAGCUCUCGUGGGCGUUGCCGAGCGUGUUUGACGCUACAGAUGCCAUGCUCUACGGAAACCGGGGUCGUGAUUGCAAACGAGAUGGACUAGUGGCGGCAUCUACGGCCAUGGUUUGCAUGUUUCCUCACCUGCCCAUCUCGCAUGCGCGGCAUCUGCAGUCAUCACUUAUCCUGACAAUCACCAUGCUUAUGGAUCCGGAGCUGACGCACUCGAGUGUUAAAAAGGAGGCUAGCCCUUUGCUUCACCUCGCUGCCAGCGUCUUCUCGGAAACGAGACCGCCCAACAAAGACUUAGUGGAGAAACUAUGGGAUGAUGAAGAGGCUGCUUUCGAUGGCGUCGUACACGACUUUUCGCGCCCGUACGUCAUCGAGAACUGGGAUAAGACUUGGAAGGCGUUACAGAACGAGCUUGAUAGUAUCGCACGAGCAGCUGAGCAGGCUGCCAAGACAAAAAAGGCGACUGUGCAUACACCACUCUCAACGCUGCAUCGCCAGCUUCGCCAGGCGCACCGAGCUCGCAACGUAGGCGCCGCUCUGCAAGUCUUUGAUUCGCUACAGCAGCAGGCUAGCAAGGAUGUAUCGAUGCGCAACCAGCUCCAGGACGAGCCAGACCUUCUCAACUAUGUGGUCUUUGUAUGGGGAGCCCUCCGCCGCCCGUCUGAGAUGCAGCAGACGCUGGCACUCAUGCAGAAGCUGCGUAUUAGGCCCACCAUCAAGACGUACACGGCCAUGAUGCACGGCUGGAAAAUGUCCAAGGACUACCGCCGCAGCGAAGCACUCUGGAACCAGAUCCGCGCGUCCGGUAUGCCACUUGACCUGCACAUCUGGACGGCGCGCGUGUCUACGCUACUCGAGAUGGGCAGGCCGGAGCAAGGCAUGCAGGAGCUCGUGGGCAUGGUGAACCUGUGGAAGACGCAGGCUCCCAACGCCGUAGAGCCUGAUAUCGAGGUCGUCAACGCCGUCUUCAAGACGCUCAUUGUGCUUGACCGCAAAGCCGCGCAGGAUCUCCUAGCAUGGGCCAGCCGCGAGGGCAUGCAGCCUAGCAUCGUCACGUACAAUAUCCUGCUGACCGAGUCCUUCCGUUCCCACCCAGAAGCCGUGCCGUCCAUCCUCAAGAACAUGCACGCAGCGGCCGUCGAGCCCGACUCGGCCACCUUUACCAUUAUCCUCGAGGCCGUGCUGGGCGCCCUCACCGAGUCUACGGGCGAAGAGCAAGUGCAGGCCGUCGACCAGAUCUUUGCCGACAUUGAAAGCGCCGGCCUGCGCCCUAACCAGGAGACGCUGGCCAAGAUCCUCUACUCCAUCUGUACACUGCCCAACGGGUCCGAGGCCGCCAUCCAGCGCGUCCUCGCUAAAGUAUCGGCAAGUGGUUACGUCAUCACGCCGCACAUGAUUACGAUUCUGAUUGAGCGCGCCAUGUCCCGCGACCCGCCUGAUAUCGUUGCUGUCGAGGACAUUCUGCGCCGCUACGAGAUCCGUACAGUGUCGGAUGGUGACCAGGUCCUCUGGGAGCGUGUGAUGAGCGCCUACGCCGUGUCGCGCGACUGGGCUGCCGCGCUACGUAUCUUCAAUGAGCUUGAUGCCGCAGGACGCACUGCUACUAGUCUCUCGUGCCUGACAGACUUGUUGACAGCCUUGGUAGACGGCGAGGAGCGCCGCCUCGACGAGGCCAAGGAGAUGGUGAGCGCUGUGCUGCGCAGUAAAGGCGACUUUGACCAGCGCGGAAGAUACUGGAAGCACCAUUUCUGGUUCCGUGCAAAGGCGCUCGGCUUGGUGGAUCGGGAGCUUGCCCCGGGCGAGUUGGUGGAGGAGGAUGACUUUAGCAGAAGAGAUUGGGCAGACGUUGGUGGUGCCAAGGGCGUGUAAGAAUAUAUGUUGUGAACAAUUAGUGUAUAUUAUAAAUAAUACAAAAGCGAU